AUGUCUGUGAACUACACUGCUCUCAAUGUGUUUCUUUUACUUUCAAUUAACUCAUCGUGGUCCAAUCUUAAGCAAACAGCCUAUGACACACUGUCUAAUGUUGCAUCUGCUGUCAAGCUAUCGAUUGAGAAGGAUGCUUGUUCUCGUUUAUUGUUCCAAGCUGUUACUGACGGAAUACAGUCGUACGAUCGUUUCUUUGCUAUUAGAUCGAUGGAUAUCCUCUCUCAAUUAUGUAGCUGUGAUCCUAAUGAAGAUGUCAUACCAUCAAGAUUAGACAUUGAGGUUUAUCAGCAGCUGGUAUUCUACUUAACAGCCCAUGAUAUAAUGUUGUUGUUUUAUACUUUGGAGGCUCUCUAUGCAUUGUCAGAUCUUGGACGCUACCCUUGUGAUAGAAUUGCAUGUGUUCAUGGCUCAAUAGGUUCUCUUGUGAGUCUGUUGACAAUCGAUCCUAGUCAGUAUGGCCCAUCGGCACAAAUACGGAUGAAAAUUGUGGAGACAUUAGUUCCUUCAGAGUCAGUAGGAGAGCUGGAAGACAAGACAG